UAUUCUCUUUCAUUGCUGCAUAUACGUGACAAUGGCUUCUAGGGUUUUGAUUUCGUUGGUGCUUGUGAUGCUAUUAACGCUUGUUAUCGGUUGUAAUAGCUCCGGUAACGCCGACCAUCUUCCCGUGACAAGCGACGAGAGUGAGGACUUAGAAGUGAAGGGAAAGGCGCAAGAAGCAACAGAGGAGACGCAAGAAGCAGCAGAAAAGGCGAAAGAAAAAUCGGAGUCGUGGACUGGAUGGGCUAAAGGAAAAUUCUCCGAGACAAUUGGACGAAAACAUGAUCAAGUUAAGAAAGCUUCUGAUGAAGUCGCCGACUCUGCUCAGAAAGCCAAAGAGGAGGCACAUGAAAAAGCUGGAGACGUGAAGGAUGCUGCGAGUACGGCAAAGGAGAAGAUCAGUAAAAUGACGAAUGCAGCUAAGGAAAAGCUUGAUGCUACAGUUGGUGCAGCUAAAGAGAAGGCUAGUGAAGCUGCAGCAGGAGCAAAAGAAAAGGCUCACGAGGCAAAGGAAGGAGCGGCAGAGAAAGCGGAGGAGUUAAAGAACAAGGCUAGAGAGACAAGUGAUGCGGCCCAGGAAAAGGCUUCCCAGAAGGCGGAGGAGGCGAAGGAGCGGGCAGCCGAGAAUGCUGAAAGUGCAAAAGAGGCGGCGAAGGAAAUGGGGAAGAAGGUAAGGGAAAAGCAAGCGGAAACAGAGGAGCAUGUAGAGAGGGCCAAAGACGAGAUCAAGGAGGGGCUUGAUACAGCCAAACAAAAAGCUGGGGAGAACUUAGAAUCUGCGAAGAAGAAAGCGCAGGAGCUCAAGUCUAAUGAAGGUGGCAAGGCGGCAGAUGAAGAGCUUUGAACUGUUUCAAAAUGACUUGCUCUUGAAUCAGGGAUGUGUUGUUUUGGUUUUCUAUUUUGUUUUGGUGUUUCUCUUGUGAAUAUUAUGGUAUCCGUAUACUAAUGUUAUAAAAACAAAAAAAAACAAAAAAAGGGGAAGAUCAUGUAUCAUUGGUUACUAGUAGAAAUAGAAUCAGCUGUGGCCAGCCGAAAUAUGUUUUAGGGCAAUGUUACAUUUAUAUCGAUUUUGAAGUUUUAUACAGUAGACUAUCAAAUAAAUGAGA